CCUUGCCCAAGAACUACAGCUCCCAACUCCCUACCAUCUGCCAACAAUGCAGACAGCAUGGCCGCCUGCACUGUCCUAGUAACUCCCCUGCUGUAUGUCAAUAAACAAAGCUCUUUAUUUUAUCAUAAGGCUUGCAAUAUACACAGACAAUGUGUUACUAAGAAGAUUAGCACGUCUGUUUCACGAUGCUCUAGCCAAGCCGAUCCACAAAAAAAGAGUCGUCCUCAUGAGCUGGUCGGUGUAGUUGGGCUGGAAAUCCAUGCGCAGAUUCAGUCCAACACGAAACUCUUCUCUGGGUCUAAAGUCGGCUUCUCUGCACCGCCAAAUUCCCUGGUGUCAUUCUUUGACGCAUCCUUGCCGGGGACACUGCCAGUGCUUAACAGACGAUGCGUCGAAGCAGCAGUAAUGACAGCCCUGGCGCUCAACUGCACCAUCAACAAGAAAUCAUUCUUUGACAGGAAGCACUACUUCUAUGCAGACCUCCCGGCGGGCUACCAGAUCACCCAGCAGCGACGGGCCGUGGCGGUGGACGGCCAGCUGGCCUACAGCCUCCUCGGCGGCAGGAAGAGGAACCAGAUCCAGAGCAGGACUGUCCGUAUCAAGCAGAUCCAGCUGGAGCAGGACAGCGGCAAGAGUCUCCAUGAUGACCAGCGGAGCCAGACCCUCAUCGACCUCAACAGAGCAGGUGUAGGCCUGAUGGAGCUGGUGAUGGAGCCAGACAUGAGCUGCGGAGAGCAGGCUGCCGCGGCCGUCAGGGAGCUGCAGCUGGUUCUGCAGGCUCUGGGCACCUGUCAAGGAAACAUGUCAGAGGGACAACUGAGAGUGGACGCCAACGUGUCGGUCCACCGGCCCGGGGAAGAGCUGGGCGUCCGGACGGAGGUGAAGAACAUCAACAGCGCCCGCUUCCUGUCCAGGGCUAUCGACUACGAGAUCCAGCGACAGAUCGAGGCUCUUGGGAGAGGCGAGGCGGUCCUGAACGAGACCCGAACGUAUGACUCCAAAUCGGGCCACACCAUUCCCAUGAGGGACAAGGAGGGUCUCCAGGACUACCGGUUCAUGCCGGAGCCCAACCUGCCCCCCCUGGUGGUGUACGAGGACCGGGGCUCCGUGCCAGCCGGCCUGCUGGGGGCCGAGGGGGUGGUGGUGCUGGAGGGCCUGAGGGAAGGUCUCCCCGAGCUGCCCAGCGUCAAGAGGGCCCGGCUGGUGCGCUCCUACGGCCUCCUGCCUGAGCACAGCUUCACCCUGGUGAAUGAGGAUGGGCUGAUGGAAUACUUUGAGGCGGUUGUCAAGGAGACCAGGAAGGAGCCGAGGAAAUUGAUUGGCUGGGUGACAAAUGAGCUGCUGGGUCAUCUCAAACACCACAACCUAAGUGUGAGCAAAUGUCCGGUCUCUCCGUCGGCACUGGCUGAGCUGCUGGAGCUCCAGGAAGCAGGACACAUCUCCUCCACCGUCGCCAAGCAGGUCCUGGGGGAGAUGUGGAGGGACCCAGGGAGGAGGGCUCCGGAGGUCGUGCGGGAGCAGGACCUGGGGCUGGUGUGUGACUCCAGCGACCUGCAGAGGGUCUGCCAGAGGGUGCUGGACUCCCACCCCGACCUGGUGCGGGCAUUGCGGGAGGGUAACAAGAAGGUCCUGAACAGGCUGAUGGGUCUGGUGCAGAAGGAGACCAAAGGCAGGGCUGACCCCGUACUAGUGAGGAGCCUUCUGGAGGAGAAGACUUCCUGAACACCACCAGUGUUCCCCACCAGUCCAUCAGCUCACCGUCACCAUGGGGGGAUAAACUACACUCUGUGUCGUUGGCUCUGUCUCUCUGUCUCUCUCUCUGUCUCUUCUCUCUCUGUCUCUCUGUCUGUCUGUCUGUCUGUCUGUCUGUCUGUCUCGUACCCUGUCACAGAUCAAGUAUACAAUCAUGGUUAUAUAAGGCAGAAGUACCUAUUUUCUAUUCCAUCCUGGUAUUAACUCUCACAAGGGGUUACGGGUACGGAGUAUUCAAAAGUGAACCGCGUUAUGGGAUUGCUGUAAAUAGAGAGGCUAUGUAAUUUUUGUGUAUAUACUGCUUGUGGUCUGAGCAAUAAACACAUUUUCUGAUAUCUUA